AUGGUCGGACUGUACAGAGCACAUGGCGAAUUCUGCGCCAGCCACCCGUGGGAGGUGAUAGUUGCAACUUUGACACUCACUGCCUGCAUCCUCUCUAUAGACACUGGUAAUGUUUUUCAUUCAUAUUCUCAAAAAUUGUGCGAAACUCCUCCAUGCCAGGAUUACAAUGCACUCGAUGUGAUUGCUAUGACUAUUAUCAGUUCCAGCGUUAUAAAUUGCCUCACAGGAGAUGUCGCAGACCUUAAAGACGCACUGUUCUGCUUUCUUUUAUUGAUCGAUUUGUCUAAAGCAGCGUUAUUGGCACAGUUUGCACUGAGCGCAUCGAGCCAAAAAGAAGUGAAACAUAAUAUCGCUCGUGGAAUGGCUCAUUUAGGCCCAUCUCUGACUUUAGAUACAAUUGUUGAGACAUUAGUAGUUAGUGUUGGAACUUUAUCUGGUAUUAGAAGUCUUAUUUUGGAACUGGCUCGUAGUGAUCCUGGAAAAACUCCUUCAUGGCAUCGUCGUUUUAAGACAAUAACAGAAUUAAAAGAACAUGGACAAAAACCUAAUCCAGUUUUGCAAAGAGUAAAAAUGAUUAUGUCUGGGGGUCUUGUAUUUGUUCACCUUCAUAGUCGUUGGAUAUUAAAAGAAGUGGAUAUAAAAGAGAGUGUUUUGCCUCUGAUGACUUCUGAUCACACAAUUCAGUUAAAUGCUCCUAACCCCGCUGCACAAGAUUAUUUACUUCGUUGGAUAACACUUGGUGCUGAUCACAUAGUUGUCCUUAUUCUUCUCCUGGCUCUUACAGUGAAAUUCAUUUUCUUUGAAGAUAAAGAUGAUAUGAUCCCGAGUGAAGUAUUUGGCUUAAAUGAAAAACCCAGAUAUGAAAUGGAAAGAAGGGUUCCUACAAUUUUAGUCAGCAAGAACGCAGCUAUUCAAACUGAAAAAAUAUAUUUGGGACCUGAAGAAAUAAAAACAGAAUUAAAAGAGGAUAAACAAUAUUCAGUAGAGGUUAGAUCUCUAGAAAAAUGUGUUGAGAUCAAUAAUUCUGGGGAUAUUGCUGAGGAAUUGAAUGAUGAUGAAAUCAAAUUACUUGCAGAAAAUGGUGUGAUUCCGGCUUAUCAGUUAGAGACAAUUUUGAAUAAUCCAGAAAGAGGAGUAAAAAUUAGAAGAAAUUUAAUUGGUGAAAGAUAUGGUAUCUCGAGGGCUUUUACUAAUUUACCUUAUUUAAAUUAUGACUACAGUAAAGUUAUGGGAACCUGCUGUGAAAAUGUUGUUGGAUAUAUACCCAUACCGGUUGGAAUUGCAGGACCCCUAUUAUUAGACGGAAGGAAAAUAAACAUUCCUAUGGCAACAACUGAAGGAUGUCUUGUAGCCAGUACUAAUAGAGGUUGCAGAGCACUUUCUUACGCAGGUGUAACUACACGAAUAGUCGCUGAUGGAAUGGCUAGAGGUCCUGUUGUUAGAUUCCAGUCAAUAGCUCGCGCCAGUGAGGCUAUGGCUUGGAUACAGAGCAGCGAAAAUUUUCCUCAUAUCGAAUCUCAUUUUAAUAAUACCAGCAGGUUUAUAAAACUAGUCAAACUACAUUGCCGUAUUGCUGGAAGGCAUCUUUUUGUAAGAUUUGUUGCAAGGACCGGUGAUGCCAUGGGCAUGAAUAUGAUUUCUAAAGCUACAGAGUUUGCUUUGCUUGAAAUUCAGAAGAUUUUCCCUGAUAUGGAAAUUCUCAGUUUAAGUGGAAACUUUUGUUCAGAUAAGAAACCGGCUGCAGUGAACUGGAUAGAAGGGAGAGGUAAAUCAGUUGUUAGCGAAGCCAUUAUAUCAUCAAAAGUUGUUAAAAAUGUUUUAAAAUCCUCUGUUCAAGCUCUGAUCGAUGUAAAUAUAAGCAAGAAUCUUAUUGGAUCUGCCAUUGCUGGUAGCAUCGGGGGUUUUAAUGCUCAUGCAGCGAAUAUUGUUACAGCGAUAUACAUUGCUACCGGGCAAGACCCAGCGCAGAAUGUUGGAAGUAGCAAUUGUAUCACCUUGAUGGAGCCUUGGGGUGAAGAUGGUGAAGAUCUUUACGUUUCUUGUACAAUGCCUUCUAUAGAAAUUGGCACCGUUGGCGGAGGAACUCAGCUUCCACCGCAAUCGGCCUGCUUGGAUAUCAUCGGAGCACGUGGAGCUCAUCAAGAAUGCCCAGGUGAAAAUGCUAAUACUUUAGCACGGCUGGUAUGUGCGAGCGUACUUGCCGGCGAAAUAUCUCUGCUAUCAGCCCUUGCUGCUGGGCAUUUAGUCAAGAGUCAUCUUAAACACAAUCGCUCUACCGCACAAUUUCCAUGUCUGGCACAAUAA